AUGGGAGUAACCGAGACCUUCGUAUGCCUCGCUUUCAAUUUCACUCUCUGCUCCGUGCUCCCGUUCUCCCCCACGACGCUCCUCAUGCCCGCUAUAAGCACACGCGCUGGAGUCACGCCGACCCGCAGAGGAUGCGACUCCUCGGAGUUGUCGCGCGUCGUCGCCGUGGUCGCGAGCGCUGUGCAGGAGCAUUACAGCGUGACCCGCAUUUUCUGUAACGACGACUUCUGUUACAACUUCCCGCGAAUCAAGAACAGAUUUCGCCGCUCGUUCGCGAGCGACCCUGACGGCAAUCCGGCCGGUCAGGCGUUCCUUCGUGACGCGCUGUGCGGGGAGUUGUUUCUGAAGCGCGGCGCGCGCCUGUUCCCCAUGGGCGCGCCCAUGUCCCAGCCCGUGUCCGUAAUGCUGCGCGACCCAGUUCCCCCGCUCCCGCUGGCGGACGAGUCCCGCCUCUCCCUUUGCCUGCGCCGCGCGCUGCUCCCCCCGCUGCCCUUCUUCGUCCCGCUCGUGGCUCCGCCAACGGCGCUGGACCAGCAGCCGAAGAAGAAGGGCAACAGGGGGACGAUGAUGCCGCCUGGGGGCGGCGGGAACGUGAUGACGCGGCAGUUCAACGAAGUGAUGAUCAAUCUGGGCGUGCAGCAGGUCAAUCAGCAGAAGUUCGACGAGGCCAUCAACACCUUCACUCUGCUUUUAGACGAGCUGGGCAACAGUGCGCCGGCCCUCAUUGGUCGAGGCACCGCCUACGCGCUCUCGGGCAAGAUCAAGGAAGCCAUCGAGGAUUAUUCCCUGGCAUGCGAGCUGGAGCCCAAGAUGGUGGACGCGUGGCGCAGGAGAGCCCAGGCGCGAGCAGCCAUAGGGGAAGUGGAUGGGGCCAUAGAGGACUUCACCACAGCACUCAGCCUGGAGAAGGGGCAGAUGGACCUGCUGAUGGAGCGAGGCAUGGUGUACGCCAGGGCACGGCGAUUCUACGAAGCAGCCAAGGACCUGAGGGCGGUGGUGGCUGUGAUGCCCAAGGAGGAGAUGGCUCACGUUGCCCUGGCAGAGUCCCUGGUGGGGCUGGGAGAGACAGAGGAGGCGAUGGAGAUAUACGAGAAGGUGGUGGAUGCAAACCCCGGCAACAAGAUGGCGUGGCUGUACAUGGGACAGGCAGCCAAGGAGCUCGCCAUGCCUGACAGGGCCGAGCAGGCAUACCGCAAGGCAACCCAAUUGGAGCCGAGGUUCGCCCAAGCGUACCGCGUGUGGGCGCUACUCAAGCACGCAAUGGGCGACCACAAGCAUGCACUGGAACUGGUGCGGGUGGCAAUGCAGCUUGAGCCGGAGAAUGUGGAGGGACACUACAUCAAGGGGUCGUGCCACCAUGCGCUGGGGCAGCUGCAGGACGCGGUGACAACAUACGAUGGUGUGUUGUCCAAGCCCACACGGCAGGAGGAGCAACCGUUGCUCUUCAUGGCAUUCUACCAGAGGGAGGUGGCGCAGUUCACAGCGUCUCGCCUCAACAGGCCCCUCCGCGACUUUGACUUCGAAGACAACUUUGGGCCCGAGUUCAAGCAAGCAUGGGCCCGCCGAUCCGUACCCACCGACCUCUUCCCAGCCUACCGCCCGCAACCAUACCGGGCGGCAUUCGACAACCAGUUGAAACCAGAGAAGCACAUGAGUGAGCAGGUGAAGCGGGGAAGGAAGGAGCUUGUCAAGGCUGCAGACACCGUUGGUGGCCGCACUCAGUACACUUCCCCCGGCUUCCUGCCCAACCAGAGGCAGCAUCGCGCAGCAGGGAUGGCAGCGCUGGAGAUGAUGCAGGCAGCACGCGCCACGUGGAGAGAGCAGGCAGCAGCAGCGAGCAAGCAGCAGGGCAAGGGCAGCAGCAGCAAGGGAACCAGCAGCAGGCGGAGCGACCACUACGACGAUUACGAUGACGAUGAGGAGGAUGAGGAUGAGGACGAGGAGGAGGCGGGGGUGACGGUGGGAGGGUGGAGGGACCUGUACUCCAUUGCGGUGCGCUGGCGGCUGCUGUCAGAACCCUGUGACCCCAUCGUGUGGGUCGACCAGCUCACCCAGGAGGAGUUUGAAAAGGGCUUUGGCGCCGUGACGGCGAUGGUGCAGGGGCACUCGAAGAACCUCCGCUACUAUGCCAACUACGACAGGGCCUUUGCACUGAUCAGGGACGAGAUGUUGGAGCAGGGAGCAGUGGAGAUUGGUGACCUGACACAGAAAUACGAGAUCCCGGUUGAGAUGGAUGCUGAGGUGGAGGCGGCAGAGACACCCGAGGAGCUGUGGAACGUGGUGGGGCAGAACUUCCUCAUCACCGUGCCCUGCUUCUCCACAGCGAAGCCUGACUACAUGCUCAACGGGACUACCCUUGCCAUCAGAAAGAUGGGCGAUGGCGCGUUUGACUUUGCCAUCAAGAUGCCCCUCACGCCCCCCCGGUGGAAGGAGUAUGAUGCUGAGCUCACUGCGGCAUGGAAGAACCUGUGUGAGGUGAUGGCAGACGCCAAGAAGAGCAAGGACGACAAGCUGGUGAAGACUGCCAUUCUGCGUGUCGUCUACUACUGGUACAACUUCUCCCCGCUCAGUCGGGGCUCUGCCAUGGCGGGCUAUUCCAGCCUGCUCGGACUCUUCCUUGCGGCUGGCAAGGAAAUUACUGCCAAGCCUCCUCCAGACGUUCAGGUGGACUGGGAGGCCAUCUUAUCGCCCACACUGGAGGAGUUUAUAUCGAGGAUAUCCAAGUGGCUCUUUGUGGGGGCAACCGAUGGCUCGGAUUACCACGAUCUCUUGGAUGUGCACGAAGCGUUCCCCACCCAUCAGCAGCUCAUGGCGUCGUACCCAACAGCAGGCCGGCCGCAACAGCCGCCGCAAAACCCGCAGCAGCGGCCGGCGCAAUCAUUAUCCCAACCAGGCGCCUCCAAACCGCCUGUUAAGCAGGAACCGGGGGGUGUAGCAGCAGGCGGAGCCCCGGCGGGGGGAGCUGGGGGAAGCGCUUCCGCUUCCGCCUCCGCGAAGAAGGCGCUUCCGCCAGCCGCGUGCAGCGGGUGCGGAGCUGCGGGGGGAGACCUUUCGCAGAGCGAGUGCGGACACAUGUCGCUCUGUAACGCGUGCGGACGAAGCAUGGCUGAGAAGCAGGCCACGUGUCAGCAGUGCGGCGCGGUUGUGGAUAAGCUAGUUAAAGAAUUCCUAGUCCGCGUUAAGCCGGUCAGCAGAGACUAUUUUAUCGGGAAAUUUCCGCAGGGGCUGCCCGGGCUGAAAAAAGGCGACGAGAGAGGGUGGACAAUGAAACGAGAAGGGGUACCUUCCGGGAAAGUUCUGUCCGAGGCUGCGCGGGCCAAGGCGCGCACGCGGCCGCUGAUACUAGAGGACGACACGGGCCAGGCGUCGUAUGUGGGGCACAUGGAGGGUGGGUGGCAGCAUUCGGCGUAUUACCUGCUCGUCAUGCACGGCAAGGAGUUUGUCGCCAUCCCCGCUAGCCAGUG